AGAUUCGUGGCGUGAUGUCAUUUCCCGUGAUGAUACCUUAGGGAGAGGAUACACGCGUACACUAUUGCGUUAGGUGAGCAAAGAAAGAUUUAAAGGACAAAAUGGACAACGAGCAAAGACAGAAAAAUCAGGAAAAGAGGACAUUAGCAGGAAAUAUCACUGCACCUCCUACAAAUAGCUUUAAUUUAGCUAAAGCAACAAAGUCAAUUCUUGCAGGAGGGAUCACAGGAGGAUUAGAAAUAUGUAUAACAUUUCCCACAGAAUACGUGAAAACACAGCUACAAUUAGAUGAACGAUCGGGGGUACAGAAACGAUAUACAGGCCCCGUAAAUUGUGUUUCAGUGACAGUGCGAGACUAUGGAGUUAGGGGCCUUUAUAGGGGAUUAAGUGUACUUCUAUACGGGUCUAUUCCUAAGUCUGCAGUCAGGUUUGGGGCAUUUGAAGAAUUAAAAAGAUUUAAUGUAGAUGAAAAUGGUAAUCUAAGUCCUCACAAACGAGUACUGUGUGGAUUAGGUGCGGGUGUAUCAGAAGCUAUAUUAGCAGUAACACCCAUGGAGACAUUAAAAGUAAAAUUCAUUAACGAUCAGACUUCAGCUAACCCUCAUUACAGGGGAUUCUUCCACGGAGUAAGCCAGAUCGUAAAAGAACAAGGUAUAAGAGGUAUAUAUCAAGGUGUAGUUCCCACUAUAUUAAAACAAGGAUCUAAUCAGGCUAUUAGGUUUUUUGUGAUGGAAUCCUUAAAGCAUUGGUACAGAGAGGGAGAUCCAACAAAACCCGUCCCUGUUUAUGUGGUUGGGGCUUUUGGAGCGCUGGCAGGUGCCUGUUCUGUAUUUGGUAACACACCAAUAGAUGUCAUUAAAACGAGACUACAGGGUCUUGAAGCACACAAGUACAAGGGAACAAUUGACUGUGCAGUUAAGAUAUUCAAGCAUGAAGGACCAAGAGCGUUCUACAAAGGCACUAUUCCAAGGUUAAGUCGUGUUUGUUUAGAUGUAGCUAUUACCUUUAUGAUUUAUGAUUCUGUCAUGGACAUUUUCAACCGUCACUGGAGAUGGGGAUAAAAUCCCAGCAUCUUCAAUAAAGUUACGUAUCAGGAAAUGUAAAAUGGUGCUUGCUGGACUUGACCACCUGAAGAUUAGGCACAAAAUGUUAUGAAAAAUCACACCAAAUAUCAUCUGUAGUGAAGAGAAUUUAAUGAACAUGUCAUUGUUGAAGAUUGACAGUUAACGGUAGAAACUUGUGGAUUUAUUCAGUGUAAAGGUCUGUCCAGCGUGCCCCUGUUUCUCUACAAAUUGUAUGAUUGGGUAUUUAUUUAGAUGCAACUUGGCAUGAUUGAUGAAUUAUUUAGAUGUGAAUUUGUAUUAUUUAAAAGGAAAUCAUUUUGAUUUUUUCAUAUGUAGAGGCAUUAUAUGUUGUUAGUGCUGAAUAUUAUAUAUCACUUGGCCCUUUAAGGACCAGCUGCCAUAUUAAUGUUAAGUAAUAGUGCCAGAAUGUUAGCUGCAUUAAUAAGCUUUUAUAUUUUUAUUUAUUUCAAACAUCUGCUGCAAUAGUCCUUAUUAUUUCAUGUUGAAUUAGGUUUGUGGAACAUUUCUAUGUAUUUGAAUGAUGAGCAUUUAGUUAAGUUUAUAUAUGUGCCCAUUGCAUUCCAUAAAAAUAUUAUCAGGCAUAUUUAUUUGUCAUUUGAUGACAAGUGAUUCAAACAAAGCUAUAUUAUACAUGUAUUCAUUACUUGUUGUACAAGCAGAAAUUGUGCAGUUCUUUGCAGGUAUAUUACCUGUAUAUGUUCACAAUGUAUAUUAAUUUUUUAUUGAAAUGAUGUUUUGCAAAUAUACUUUCUAUAUUUUCUUGAUUAUUUCAUAUGAACUUGUACUACUGAUUUCAGCAAGUAAAUACAAAAAUAUAAUCAAUCAUUGCUGUAGUAGAUUUGUAUUCUUUGAUUACCACAAACUGUGAUUUGAUAUGAUGUAGGACAUUAGAAAGUUAAAAAAAAAAAGAUUUGUCUCUCUUUUAUUUAUCUUGCCUCCUUUGUCCAGUUUUUAUAGUAUCUGUAGUAUUUUUUUUUGAGGUACCUGUUUGUUUAUAUGGAUCAAGGUCAUGUUUGAUAUGUUAAGUACACCUCUUAUUAAAUGUGAAUUCAUUAUAAAUAAGAUCAUAUAGCAACAUCUAGGGAUUGAAUUUUUUUGAAUGCACAAUUCUUGGUUGAACAGUGUAGGCUUUGUUUAGAAUAAAAGUUAUAUGACUUUAAAAUGUUUUGUAGUGUACAUAAAAAUGGGUUUUCAUUUUUGGUAAUGAUGCAUAUUUUGAUCAUAAUUACAUGUAUAUGUACUAUUUUGAAAGAUGUACAAUUGCGGGCAAUUUUUUAGUGCAAUGUUGAAUUGGUGCACUCAUCUGAGGGUUUUCAAUAGUAAGUGUUCAGAUAUGUUACUAGCUUUGUGAUUUAAUUAAAUUGUGCCCAUAAGAUAAAGUUAUGCAGCUUAAUCAUGUUUUCAAUUGGAUAUUUUUUCUUCAUUUUCACUGCUCAUUUGCAUUUUAAAUGUUAUAAUCCGACAAUGUACACAUAAAUCCAAAAUCUAACCAGUAUUAAAUGUGUAUUUUAAGCACACUUAUAAUUCUAUGUAUGCCAGAUGAUUUAACAGUGUUAUUUCAUGUCAAUUACACUCAUUAUGUCUUCUUUUUUUUAUUUUAGAAUCUUUAUAAAAACCAUUUGAUUUUAACACCAGGUUACAAAUAUUUUAAAAUAGACAAACCAAACCCAAUUUUUCUAUGCAGUACUUACUAGUAUUUCAAUUGAUGCACAUACAUGUAUGUAUUAUUAUUUCUUGUAGAUCUUCA